AAGUAAAACGUCAUUGUGCCGCAAAAAGAAGCCAACGGGAAUCCCACAAUGCCAGGCGAGGGACCUCCUGUCGGAGAGUGAAGCUCCGCUGAUUUCAAUGAAAGAGGGGGAGAGCAGUAAUGCAGAGGGAUGUAAGAUGGCAGAGCUACAAAUGUUGUUAGAGGAAGAGAUCCCGGCAGGAAAAAGGGCUCUUGUGGAGAGCUAUCAAAACCUUUCAAGGGUCGCGGAAUAUUGUGAGAAUAAUUAUGUGCAGGCGCAAGACAAGAGGAAAGCCCUCGAGGAGACCAAAGCCUACACCACCCAGUCUCUGGCGAGCGUGGCCUAUCAGAUCAAUGCCUUAGCCAACAAUGUGCUGCAGCUGUUGGAUAUCCAGGCAUCACAGCUGCGUAGGAUGGAGUCGUCCAUCAACCACAUCUCUCAGACUGUGGACAUUCAUAAAGAGAAAGUUGCAAGACGGGAGAUCGGGAUUCUCACCACUAAUAAAAACACAUCUCGGACUCACAAGAUUAUUGCCCCCGGCAACAUGGAGCGGCCCGUACGCUACAUCAGGAAGCCCAUCGAUUACACGCUGCUGGAUGAUGUGGGUCACGGUGUUAAAUGGCUUAAAGCAAAGCAAGGGAAUAACCAACCAGCUCGGGGAAGUGGUGGAACAUUAUCCAGGACCAACCCACCUACACAGAAGCCCCCAAGCCCACCCAUGGCAGGAAGGGGUACUCUGGGACGAAACACUCCAUAUAAGACCCUUGAGCCUGUCAAACCUCCUGUGGUGCCUAAUGACUACAUGACCAGCCCGGCUCGACUGGGCAGUCAGAACAGCCCUGGACGCACAGCUUCACUCAGCCAGAGACCCAGAACACACAGUGGUAGCAGUGGGGGCAGUGGCGGUCGUGAGAACAGCACUAAUAGUGUGGGAAUACCUCUGGCUGUGCCAACACCCUCCCCUCCUAGUAUGGCACCAGUGGUUCCUCCGGGGCCAGGUUUGGGCCCAAUCCCGAUGUCUCAGUUUGGGACAAUUUCUCGGCAGAUCUCCAGACACAAUUCCUCUACCACUUCCUCUUCUGCUUCUAUGGUGUCAGCUACUGGCACCUACCGACGCGCCCCUGCCAGCUCAUCACAGUUUUCUGUGCCUCAGCCCCACCUGAACGGGGGUCCUACAUACCCCCAGAACACAAUGUCUGUCGCUCCACCGCCACCCCCUAUGGCGCAGCUGACGCCUCAGAUUCCUCUUACUGGUUUUGUAGCCAGAGUUCAGGAGAACAUUACAGACAGUCCAUCUCCACCACCUCCUCCUCUACCUGAGGACACGACCCUGUUUGAGGAAGCGGCUCCACCCCCUCCACCUCCACCCGUGGAUUAUGAUGAAGAAGAUGGGGCCCUUGUGCAAUAUAAUGACCCAUAUGCUGAUGGAGACCCCCAUUGGGCCCCAAAAUCUUAUAUGGAGAAAGUGGUGGCCAUCUAUGACUACUCAAAAGACAAAGACGAUGAGCUCUCCUUCAUGGAGGGCGCCAUCAUCUACAUCAUCAAGAAAAAUGAUGACGGGUGGUUCGAGGGUGUGUGUAAUGGUGUGACCGGACUGUUUCCUGGCAACUACGUUGAAUCUAUCAUGCACUAUGCUGACUAAUGCUUAAUCCCAGAGACAAACAGCCAAUCAGCUACAAACAUUGCAAAGUGCAUUAGGAAAUGACUGAAUGUUUGUUUUUAGUCCAGUCGCUGAUGUAUCAAAGCAUCUACAAUGCUCAUUGGAUUAUGAAAAGAAACAAAAAGAAACUUAUUUCUGGUUAUGUUGCUUCAUAUGUUUUGUACAUAUAUUACAGUGAGAUGUUGGCUGUAGGCUUUUACUAGUGUUUGUUUUUGUGUGUUUUGUCAGUGUACAGAGACCCGUGUUUGCCAAGUAUCAGCUAGGGAUAAUUUCUUUUUUAUUUAAAUUUUUUUUGUUUAUUUUAACUCAUCUGUCAAGAUCUUCCUUUAUGUCAGGAAGAAAUGUAUGAAUGUGAUUUCUAAAAAAUUAGUCAAAAAAUAGGAAAACGACAUUUUUUUCUUUUCUUGCAUUUUGCCUUCACAACAUGCUAGUCUCUUCUAUCACUUUACCUCAUGACUUUAGGUAGGUAUGAAAACAGAUGCAGUAAUAUGCAGAGAUUGUCCUGUAUGUCAAAAACAUGCCCAGGUCUUAUUUUAAUAAAAAAAGUAAGUGAUCAUUAAAAUUUUGCUUUUAGAAAAUGAAUAUUUGAAGAGUUUCAUUGCAAAUCGAGAUAACUUUUUUUUUGGUUGUGCAUUCCAAUUAAUAUCAGUUCAACCGCAGUUGGUUUGUUUUGAUUUAAACCUUCAUAACUUAAAAAAUACAGCUAAGUACCACCAUAAAAAAUAAUAACAUGAUAACAUAAUAAUAAACAUGUUUUGACAAAUAUGUUAAAAACGGAUUAAUCUCGUUUUGCAACGAAACUCUUCAUUUGCUGUUUUUCAGAACCAUUUAGAUUUUCUGCAUUGUGACAUUAUUUUUAAACUUAUAAAAAAAAUUAUCUUAUGGUAUUCUCACUAUUGUUACACAAAAAUUUAUGUUAUUUAAAAAAGUAUUUAUAAAUUAUAUAUAGAUUAUAGUAUUUGAUGUACUGCUUUUAUGCCUAUGAAAACAUAUUAGCAUUAAUAGAUUGCUGCAGGGAUGAUGUAUUUUUAUGGGCCAACCCUGGAUGUUACGCUGGUUCCCUCACUAAAAGCCCAUUCAUUUUUCCCAUAGACUUUUGAUUAUCACAAAAUAAUAAGCUCUGUGUUUAACAAAAGAUUACAUGUUUUGUCCAACAAGAUGAUCUUCACAGAUGAACACAACUUUUAUGAAGUCUUUAGUUUUAUUUAUACUAAACGCAUUUAGACUUUAAAAUUCAUAGAAGUUGUUUCAUCUGUUAAGAUUAACUUGUCAUAAACUUUUGUUAAACACAGAGCUUAUUUUUUUGCGAAUAGGCUUUGUAGUGAGGGAACCAGUGUCUUGCUAACUUCUGGGGUUGGGCUACAAAAAUACAGCAUCCCUGUGGCAUGCUAUAAUCCAAUUUACGAAUGAUUAUUACAGAACGACCACAAGUAAAACAUGUAAUGAUAAAACUGCCAGUAAAAAGAGAAUUAAGGGGUUAAAUGAUGGUAGUCGUUAUUCAAAUAAUGUACCAAUGCAAAAAAUCUUAGCGGGUCUUUAAAACAAUUAAGUUUUCUUUGUGCAAAAAUACAAUGAUCUUGAUAUGUUUUUUGUUAGAUUUGCGCAUAAUCAUGUUUAAACUGUGCCAAGCGGGCCAUUGAUAGUAUUCAGAAAACUGACUGUUGUUGUUUUAAACUACUGAAGUAUUGUGAAUCCUUAUGUUGCACUGACCGGAGGCAACCGUUCUCUUUACUAAACCAGUCCCUAACAUUACCCACAGAUUUGUUUCUUAAAGUCAGUAGUUAAAGUCAGGUAUUGUCAUUGUAUAAUUUAUGUAAGAGGACCACACAAAGCAGAGUCUGUCUGUCUCUUUAAUGGAAGAAUCAAGUUUAGUGUACAGUAUGGAUGAAUGUGAACUCAUAGCUGAUCUGAAAACUAAGCAUGGCACAAACGUUGAGAUGUUUCUGGUUUUUCUGGUGUCUUGGUUUUACAAAGUGUCUCAAACUGCUGUUGAAGGUUAACAGUGUUUGAUUAGCAGUUUUAUUUAUUAAAUCCAAUUAAAUAUCUGUGAGAAUGUAAACUCACAGCUGUCUGAACAAUGACCUCUCAAUGUUAAGCAUUGCAAGGCCUUGUCAAAACAUGUGCAAGUGAUCUGUAAUGUAAAUGUCAAGUAAUUUGCAGAAUAUCUGCAAAUAAUAUAAUCUAUAAUCGUUUUGUAUAUAUAUAAUCUGUUCUUCUUUUUAUGUACAGUCUCUUUUUAUAAUAAAGCACUGUCCUG